AGCACCAAGACUCCCGACCUCGAUCCAUUCAACUCUACACUCUUCUAAUAUCUACUUAAGACAGCCCACAACCGCUAGAAUGGUCCGCAUCCUCUCUCUCGCCACUCUGCUGAUCGCCAGCGCCAUUACUACUCAGGCUGCUAUGUUCUGCCAGUGCCUCUUUGGAGAUGGCUCGCACUGCUGCGUUUACUCGGAUCCUCAGAUUGGCAACCUCGACUGCCAGCGCUGGUGCACUAACGCCCACCGCGCUGAUGGUGCGACUAAUCCUCGCAACCCUCUUGAGGUCGGCACCGCCUGCAACUCCAAUGGAAAGUACAGCACUGUCAGUGGCUGGAACGCUCAGUUCCGCACCUCCUGCUACAAGCAGUAGAUCCUUGCCAACUCGAGUCGACAGCGGCUUUUGAUGGAUGGACAGCUAUUAGGGGAUUAUGAUAUAGACUUUGUGACAGCUAUUACGUAGGGGGUUAUGGGAUAGACUUGGUAAUUGCUAUCGAUUGUAUUUUUUGUUGAAGGAAGAUGUGCGAUAGCGCGGAUCUGGUCCGGUAUCGUGUGGUCACAGCAUAUAAACCGGCGACAGUCUCAAUAUAGAAACUGCCCCACCGUCCGUCAUGCUCCC